AUGGGGCCGGGCGGGGGGUCUGGGGGACGCUGGGCAGGUCGUUGUGGGGGGGGGAGGGAGGGGCCGCUGCAGGUGGUGCCGCAGCCUCGAGGGGAUGCCGGUGCCUGGGCCCUGCCCCCCGCUCGGGGGGGGGGACCCAGGCAUUCGGGACCCCCCAGGCGUGGGCUGGAGACCCAUGGCCGGGCUCUGGGGCACUUCGUGGCCGGGACGUGGCUGAAGCCGCCGGGACGGGGGACGCUGGAGUGCCGGGAGGCCGCCACGGGGCGGCUGCUGGCAACAGUGCCGCGGGGCGAGGAGGCCGACCUGGCGGCGGCUGUGGAGGCGGCGGCGGUGGCGGCGGCAAAAUGGGGGGCGCUGGGGGGGCCCCAGCGGGCCCAGCACCUGCAGCGGCUGGCGGCGGCAUUGGAGCAGGGGGCUGCAGGGUUGGGGGCGGUGGCCGCUCUCUCGGGGGGGCGGCCGCUGGCCCAGGCCCUCGGGGCCGACCUGGAACUGGGGCUGUGGCUGCUGCGGGUGCCGGCAGGGUGGGCCCAGAUCGGUCCCCCCGGCCUGGGCAGCUGGGCCCCCCUCGGCGUGGUGGCCGUUCUCAUGUCAGGUCCCUGCUCCCUGGCGGCACUGCUCUGGAAGCUGGGAUCCCUCCUGGCGAUGGGCAACGCGGCGCUGGUGCUGCCGCCGGCUGAGGCCCCGCUGGCGCCGCUGCUGCUGGCGGAGCUGAGCGGGGCGGGGGGGGUGCUGCCCCCCGGGCUGCUCAACGUGGUGACGGGGACCCCCUGCCUGCGCCGCGCCCUCCGUGCCCACACCCGCAUCGCUGCCAUCACCUUCCUCGGCGACCGGCAGGAGGAGGUGCAAGACGUGGCCUGGGGCUCCCCGUGCCGGGGACCACGGCUCGGGGGGGCCCAGGGGGGCCGUGUCGUCGUCAUCGUCCUCGACUCAGCUGACCUGGACAGCGCGGCUGCUGCCAUCGUGGGGAGCAUGGGGACCCCCCCAGCCCUGUUCCCGUGGGGGGGCUGUGUGGUGCUGGUGCAGGAAGGGGUGGUGGCACCGCUGGAGCGGCGACUCCGGGCCCGACUUGGGGGGCUGCGGGUCGGGGACCCACUGGACCUCGGCACUGACGUGGGGCCACUGCCCCCCACGGCCGCCCCCCCCAAGGGGGUGGUGCAGGCAGCCCACGAGGAGGGGGCUGAGGUUUUCCAGCCGCCGGUGACGCUGCCGCCGGGGGGUCGGUUCUACCCCCCCACCCUGAUCACAGGGGUGGCCCCCACCUCACGCUGCCUCCGGGAGCUGGUGCCGGGGCCGGUGCUGGUGCUGUUGCCCGUGCGCUCCCCGGGGGAGGCCGUCACCGUGGCCUCGGGGCUGCCCCACGUGGCAGCCGGCGCCGUCUGGGCCCAGGACGUGACCCUCGCCCUUGACACAGCUGACAGGCUGCCCCUGGGGCUGGUGUGGCUCAACGCGCUCAACCUGCUGGACCCGAGGGGGGGCUGCGCCGGGGGGGACGGGGACGGCACCAGCCUGGAGGCGCUGCGAGAGUACGGGCAUCCCCCCUGGGAGCCCCCCCUGGGGCUGGGGACCCCCCCUGAGACCCUCCUGGACCCGGAGCUCAGGUGGUCGCGGCUGCCGGCGUCAGCUCGUGCCCGGGUGCUGCGGGGGGCGGCGGCGGCGCUGGGGGGGAGCGGGGCCGCGGGGCCCCCCCAGAAGGGCGAUGACGAUGAUGGUGACAGUGACGGGCGGCUGUGGGGAGCGCUGCUGCGGUGGGCGGCACGUGUGGAGCUGUUGGGUGGAGUCGUGCAGGAGGUGCCCGGAGGGCGGGCCCUGCUGAUGCGCCGGCCGCUGGGGGUGGUGGGCGUGGCCUGGAGCGGGCCCCGCCCCCCUGCGCGCGCGCUGGAGCUCCUCCCCCCCGCGCUGGCGCUCGGCAACGGCCUCGUGGUGGUGGCGCCCCCCAGCGGCGUCGGCCCCGCCCUGCGCCUGCAGCAGGCGCUGGUGGCUGCCGGGCUCCCUGGGGGGGCCCUGGCGGUGCUGCCCGGGGGGGCUGGGGGCGACGGGGCGACGCUGGCGCGGCACCACCCUGAUGGGCUGUGGCUCUGCGGGGGGGGCACGGUCCCCCUCCUGCUCCUCCUGGCCGUGCCCCCCCCCGGCAUCUGCUGCUCCUUCGACUUCAACCCUGUCAGCAGCACCUUCAGCACCCAUGUGGACGCCCUGACCCCCUGGCUGAUCCUGGACUACCCCGUGGCGAUGCCCAGCAACCUGGAGAUGGACAGCCGCUGCUCCGACCUCUGGGGGCUGCACUUUGGGGCGGUGGCAUUGGGGCGCAUGGCGGGGGUGGCGGGGGGGUCGCUGGCCCCCCGACUCCAAGCUGUCGCUGCCCACAUCGCCUUUGUGGCUGAGUGCCACAUCCAUGACCCCCAGGGCUGCGUCCGGCUGGAGGUGGUGAAUGUGUCGCAGCUGCUGGGAGCCCUCGUGCAGCACCUGGGUGGGCUGCAGGGGCGACCCCCCCACUUCCCCGGCUGCGCCCACCUGCGCUGCCGCCCAGGCCCCCUGCUGACCACCCCUGCGGUGCAGCAUGAAAGGACCCCGGGGUCAAGGCUGGGCCCCCCCCACCCCUCUGGCAUCCACGGGCUGGUGCUGCUGGGGGGGCUCGGGGGGGCCCUGGGCCUGGCGGCGGCGGCCUGGGUCCUGUGGAGGCGGCCCUGCGCCCAGCGGGACCUCCCAGAGCCACGGAGAGACUGGGGAGCCCCAGCCCCCCCCCAGCCCCCCCCCAGGGCCCAUAAAAUUGAUGUUGAGACGUUGACUCUGAGCCUGGUUUGGGGGGGUGGAGCCUGUAGCACCCCCAGCCCACCCUGA